AUCUGAUAAUUAUAUUUCUUAGGUUAAGGCACAGUUAAGGAAAAUUAUUUUCAAAAAGAGAUUUAUACAUCCAAUACCUUUAGAUUUAGGAUAUGUGCACAUAUUUUUAUUUUUAGUAACAUAGUAACAAAAUUAUGUUUCCUUUAAAUUUAGUCCAUCCUAUUCUACGGAAGUAUCAGAUUACAAAGUUUACCCCAAUAAUAUAUAAACAUGUAGUGAAGAGGCAUAAAACCACAAAAAAAAAUGAACUGACGACAUCAAGCACAACAGAGGUAGACACAAACGUCAAACCAUUGGGCGAAAAAGUGAAAGAAACCACAAAAACAGUAUCGUACUUAGGAGUAAUACUACUGGGCGUCGGAGUAACAGGUUCCCUGUUCUACGCCAUUUUCAGCGAACUCUUCUCGAGCAAUAGCCCAAACAAUAUCUACUCAAAGGCUGUGAAAAAAUGUAUUUCCGAUCAUCGGAUAGAAGAUAAGCUGGGAUAUCCAAUCACCGCUUACGGCGAAGAAACUAGAAGAGGUCGAAGGCAGCACGUUUCGCAUUUGAUCUACGCAGGUAGGGAUGGCAGGAAGCAUAUGAGAAUGAAAUUUCACUUGAAAGGAUCUUUUCAUACCGGUACCGUACAUUUGGAUAUGGUUGAGAAUGACGCUGGUAACUAUGAAUAUAGAUAUUUAUUUGUCGAAGUCGAUGAUAUGUUGCGGAAUACCAUUAUGGUUGAAGAUAACAGGAAAAAUGAUCAUACUGCCACUAGUUUGGCACUAGAAGAUUACAAGUAUUGAAUGUGAGGUUCAAUUUUUUGAACAAUCCAGUUUUUUUAUCUUUCAAUCGUUAUUGAAAGAAGACAAAGAAAAAUCCUAAUUGCUAUUUUGCAAAACAGCUGGAUUUCAAAAUCAGAAAUCAAAAAAGUUACAAACUGUUUUGUAAAUUAUACCCUUUAAAUAAAAAAAAAAAAAUACGUUUUCCUGGCAUUUAUGAGCUUAACCUCCCUAAAAUUAAAACCUUCCAAAAGUAAAUGAAAUAUAUAGGGAACAUUUUAAAUUUGUUGAGAAAUGAUACUACGUUUGAAUAAAAUUCACAUAAGUGUACACACAGUACACUGAAUGUUGAGAAUUUCAUUUGCCAUAAAAUUGUCUAAAUUAUGUUUCAUUUUUUCUUACUUUGAAAAACAAACAUUCAUGAAUUCUAAAUAGAAAUAUACUUUUUUUGGUGUUGUUUUGUUAAAACAUCAACUCGUUUUUCCCUAAAUUUAAAUGACGGUUUUUGCCUACACAGUACACUGGAUGUUAAGAAUUUUACUUGCUAUAAAAUUCACUAAAUUUUGCUUUCUUCUUUUCUCAAUUCAAAACACAAACAUUUAUACACUCUAAAUGAAAAUAUACUUUUUUUUGGUGUUGUUUUGUUAAAACACAGUCUACCGAAGAGAAGCAGUACAAGCUACUCGUCGUCGUGUACCAAGACGGUGACGAGGCCAGCAAGGGACACUACGUAACCGAUUCUUUCCAAGUCGGCUACAGCUGAUUCUUCGGUCAGAAUCGUACAGGAAGAACACGUGCUGAAGCCCAAAGGAACGGAGUUCCUUAUUUGUUGUUCUACAGGCGCAGCGAUACGAUCCGACUUGAAUAACACCCCUCUGGGGGGAUGAGCUUGCUCAGCAUCUGGCAUCGAACGGAAUUUCUUGGUCCAGUUAAAACUGAACUCGACUUUUUGUUGGUUUUGGUGGAUUCUUUUACCGUGAUUCUUUUGUAAUGUAACUUUUAUUUGAUUUCACGAUAGACAAUAAAUCAAAUCUGAAAUAAAGAAAACAUUAUACAAGCGAUUUCUUACAGUUUUUCUCCAGUUGGGAUCUGUCGUUAGAAUUUUGGCAUAGGUGCCCAAUCUCUUGUCAAAAUAUUACCUGCCAAUUUAGAUUUUUUCUACUUUUCGAUGAUUUUAUAUAAGUAAACUUCUGAACACCCCGUGAAUGCAAAAGCCGUCAUUUAAUUUCAAAAACGUCUAAUUGAUGACGUGUCACUAAUGAGUUGGAUAAAUCCUUUUUUUUCUGGUCGAAUUUGGUAAUUUUUCUCUCAUAUUUGAUUCGUCUUUUCUUUCAGGGGAGUGACUAAAUGCCAGGAAUAACUUCCCCAAAUAACAUUGAGACAGCGUUUAAAAGAUGACUUGAUUUUAACACUCUCUUUUAUUAAUUUAAAGAAAAAAUCUUGUUUUGACUUGUUACAAGUGUAUAUCUUCUUCAAUCUCUUCUACAAUUUCCUUCUAAGCUUUAUUGAAGGAGUUUUUACCGUUGAAAAUUAAAAAUCUAUAAAAUUGUUCGAAAAUUGAAAAAAUUGGGUUCUUGGGUUCAAUAAUAGCACCUUAAUUUUGAUAUAUCGAAUUUACUUUCGUGUCAUAUAUUUUUCUUCAACGGAGAAUCUUCAUAGUAGAAGACUAGCCUGUUUCUAAAGAAAUAACUCUUUAUUUUUAAUGAACCCCAAGCAAUGAUGGUGUAGACUGCAGAAUAUUGUACCCAAGCUGCCUUUAUUAUCUGCCAGAAUCCUGGUUUAUAGUAAAUCCUUUGUUGGGGAUAUCGAACUGAUAGUUUUAGGUUAAACACUUUAUUGUUUUCGCUCCUUACGUUUGUAUAUACGUUCGUUAAAUGUGUUGUAACUGGAACAGAGAAAAAAACAUUUUGAAUUUUA